AAAGCCAGCUGUUAUUCAAGGUCAAGUCUAGAUGUUGGGUAUAAAAGAAAACUCUGGAUGGUUUAUCUAUCCAGUCUGCAAUUUGAUCUAGAUCUGGUUGCCGAAUUAUGACCAUCGAGAUGACGAAGUUAGCAAUUCUGCUAGUUGUUGUCGUUAUCGCUAAGGUAUACAGCGAUGAACCUGAACCUAUCGUGGGUGGCGACGUGGCAUCGCCUGGACAAUUUCCACAUCAAGUCUCCCUUCAGAGAAGCAAAAGCCAUAUAUGCGGAGGAACUCUUAUUAGCGAUAUACAUAUCCUCACUGCUGCUCAUUGUAUACCGUAUCAACAAAGUCAGAGGGAUCGCUUGACUGUUGUGACUGGAUCAAACAACGUACGAAUUGGUGGUCAACGACAUGAAAUCAAGUGCAUUCAAGUGCAUGAAGACUACAAUCCUCUCUCACGUAUAAUAAACAACGAUAUCGCUUUGAUCACUUUAAAAUCGCCGAUUAAGACCAGCAAAGUCCAAGCUCCAAUUCCUAUAGCGAGUAAAGAUUAUGCCGAUGGCAACCAUAAUGCUAUAGCAAGUGGAUGGGGAAAUCUCGGCUUACACGAAAACAUGCCGACAAUGCUUCAAUAUCUCGUAGUGAAGGUUUUGACACAUAAGGACUGCCAGACAGCACAUCCAAGCAAUUCUGUGAAUCAAAUAUGUACCUAUCGUGACUAUGGGCAAGGUCUUUGCCAUGGUGACAGCGGAGGUCCUCUCAUUUGUAACGAUCAACUUGUUGGUAUUGUCUCCUGGGGCAAACCCUGCGCUGUGGGUGAACCUGAUGUAUUCACUAAUGUUUAUACGUAUCGGGCCUGGAUUAAAGAACAUCAGAAGAAGUGCUGAUCAUUCUAAUAAUCACAGUUGACCGGCGAUCUAUAUUCCAAACAUUACCAAGAAUUUUCAGUUAAAGCGUGUGAAACACGUUGCUACUGUCAUUAAUACGUUCUAUAGAAGUGAUAUAAAGGCAUAAAAUAAACAAUAAAAAAAUAUAAUUAAAAAUAAA